AUGGACCACGGACACAAGGGACAUGACUCGCCCAUGUGCAGCAUGAAUAUGCUGUUCACAUGGGACACAAACAACCUCUGCAUAAUCUUCAAAAGCUGGCGCGUCCACAACACCGCUUCCCUAAUCGGCGCCCUCGUCGGCGUCAUCCUGCUCACCGCAGGCUAUGAGCUUGUCCGAGAGCUCGCGAGGAGAUAUGAGGCACGAUCGGAGCGGCGGAUAGAGGCUUUACAUAGUGAACAGUUGUUCCUCUCCGAAGGCGAUCCUGAUAACGAACCGCGCUCAUUCCCGUGGCUAGGAAGAUCGGUUGUGCAAGAAGAGAAGAAAGCGAAGUUGGUCAAAGGGUUAUUUUAUGCCGUGCAAGUGUUCUACUCGUUCUUCAUAAUGCUUCUCUUCAUGACAUACAAUGGCUGGGUGAUGCUAGCUGUUGCGGUGGGCGCAUUUCUUGGCUAUAUGGCUUUUGCCAGCUCUUCAUCGACGAAGUCGGUUGCGUGCCAUUAA